ACAAAUAAAAACCAUAUUGAAUGGAUGGACGGACGGACGAUCGAUAUUCUGAUUACUUGAAUUCAAUACAGCAUAUUAUAUUACUUACAGUUACCCACCGAUUCAACCAUCUUAAUAGCUCCCAUCUUUAUAUAACCAAGGUUUUUGUUUUUUAUUUUGGUUUUGUAUCUUUCCUCCUCAGUGAUAGCAGCAGUCUACGCAAUCUCCCCCCUCCCCCCUCUCUUUCUCUCUCUAGAUUCUCCGCCAGUUUGAUCCAAGCCGCCGCCGCCGCCUUCGCCUUCGCCUUCGACAACUAUGUCCUCGCAAGUGUUCAAGCACAAUUAUAGACCCAUGCGGUGUGGAAUUGCCCAUGGCUAAAUCCUAGGGACAACAGGAAAGAGGGAAAGAAGAAAGAAAGAACGACUCAUUUGAACUAUUCCAUUGAAUCUCUCACUUGGUUUUUCAAUCUCGAAAGCCAAGUGGAUUGACAAUUCAUCUCCAAGUAGAUGGUGAGAACCUGGUGGUGAGAUUUGGUUGAAAUAGAGAGAUGGAUUUGCAUGGUUAUCCUCAAGGUGAACAUGGAAGGUUUGAGCAAAUACUCAACCAGUUCCUAUUGAAGGCAUUGCACAUUAUAUUGGACUCUAGAGUUCCUCUCAAUCGCCCUGCCAGUCGUAGCGGGGAGAUAAAGAAGAGCGACAAAUGGUUCAAUCUAGUGUUAGGGGAUCGCCCCGCAGUUAUGGAGAGCUUGAGUUUUUGGAAUAGAACUUUGAUGGAACCCAUGAUAAUUGAUAUCACACUAGUUCAAGAAUCACCAAACUCUUCAUCAGAUCAUCCUUCAAAUGCCAUGCUGGCAGCAGAAAUGUGUUUGGAAACAGUUGUAGAGAGGUGGAUAAUUCAGUAUGAGCAUCAAAGGUCAAUGGUUCCUCAAAUUGGCGACACCUCUUAUAAGAAGGUGUACAAGAAAUCCAUCAUACUAUUGCGAUCAGUUUUUUCUAUGUUGAGGCUCCUUCCAGCAUACAAGGCCUUUCGUAAACUAUGUUCGUGGAAGCAAAAUUGCAAUUUUGACAUCAGUUACAAGGUCUGCUCAUUUAGUUCUCCAUUUUCAAGAGAGCUGGAAAAUUCAAUGAAGAGAUAUAGUUUUAUUCCGAUUGAUGCCCAACAAGGUCGUCUUUCUAUAUCUGUGCUUUAUCGCGAAGACCUGACUGAUUUUAAUCUUGAUUCUUGUAUGGUUUCUCCCCCAGAGAUAAUUACUGAUUAUGUAGGCAGCCCUCUGACUGAACCUAUGAGGGCAUUUCCCUCUACUUCAUGUGAGAAGAGUAGCCCUACAUCUUUCCCAUUAAGAGGGAAGCAAACAUCUUUACCGGUCCGGCGACCUCACAGCUGGACGAGUGGUCUCCAUAGAGAUAUCUCUUUGCUCCAAAACCAGCAAUUGAGUGGAUCUCCACCUUUAAAUCGCUCGCCAUACGAGUAUUCACCCUCGCCUACUGAAACAUACAUUCUUAGAAAUCAAAAUCCAAAGGUUUCAGCUUAUCAGAGACCAGUACCGGAUGAUUUAGUUUCUCCUCCAUUCUCGUCAUCUCCUUCUCCAUCUCCCCCUACACAUUUUUCUGGUGGAAAUACUGUUAAGGGUCGUCUGUAUUCAGAAACUGCUCCCAUGAGUAUUCCUCAUCCAAUCAUGGGUAGAAGUCCAAGAUACCUCACUCCUAAUUUUUCAGAUCCAAAUCGGAAUUCCCUUCCGCCUCUGUCCCCAAGAAACACAAGGUAUGAUCCUCCAUCCCAUGAAUCCCCAUCUGGAAUUCGAUCAAUGAGGAGACAAGAUUCUCUUAGAGCUGGCGAAUCAAAUUCUGGGCCAAUAAAUGUUGGUCAGAAGGCGUCUCGUGAGGAUUCUGGACGGUUUUCAGGUUUGCUGUCUUCUAGUAGUUCGCCACGUGUUGGAUUUUCAAGGAGCUCUAGCAGACUGUCGUUCCAGGAUGACAUCGGUGAUGUUGAUUUCUCGUGCCCAUUUAUUGUGGAUGACGUGGAUCCUCCUGAUAGCCAGACAAGUAUGAACCUUGACAGAAAAAACAGUUCGGACAUUUCUUCUCAAGCAUCUUCAACAAGGAAGUCCCAGGAUACUGGAGUUGGCGCCCUUGUUCACAUGCUAAGAACAGCUCCUCCUCUUCAUCAGGAUUCAAGUUAUUAUGCCUCUCUGUCCUCUAAGACUGAGGUUGCGGGUGAAGCUGGGGCUGCUUCUGAAUAUUUCAAGCCCAGGAAAACAUCCGAUGCACUUGAAGAACUGAAGGCUUACAAAGAAAUGAAAGAUCUCUUACUUUCCAAGAGUGCUGCUGCUGGUAUGACUGGCAAAGCAAAAACUGAGACCUAACUGACACCACAUGUAGCCUUCGUCUCUUGAUAAGUUAGCUUGAAUAGGGUUACUGGUGAUGAUAUCCCUUUCAAAUUAAUUGAUUUUCAUCAAAUAGCAGGGGGUGUCAAUGAGUUGGGGUUGUUGAUUAUUGUCCAGACAAAUUGUAUUAUGUCUUUUGUGACUUGUAAAUAUGAUCAGUUAAAUUAAUUA